AAACAGUUUAAUUUUUUAGCCAGGUACAUAUUUUCACAAUUUCAAAUCAUUAUUUAAUUGGUAUUAACAGUUUUUUGGAUUGUACUGAAGAUUGGUGAACAGAACAGGAUAGACCUGCUUACUUCAACAUUAAAGUUAGGAUUCCAUCUACAGAGCAAGCCUCUUCUGUAGUACUCCAUACACAGUCUUUUUCCUGAAACUAGAAUCUAAUACGAAUCACAGAGCAUAUAAUUGACUGUCUAUUGCUUCCUUGCAAUAUGAUCUUUAAAGUGAUCAAGAGUAUUUUAAAUGUGAAAAGCAGACCAGCCUAUCACAUCAUGAAAAAAAUCAGUACAUCAGUUACGGACGAAGUUAUUUUGGAGAAGAUUGGAAACAAAGGAGUCAUCACUUUAAAUCGACCAAAAGCAUUAAAUGCUCUUAAUCUGCCAAUGAUUAGAAGGAUACAUCCUCAACUAAAGGUUUGGGAAGCAGAUCCUAGCAUGAAAAUGAUUAUUAUUAAAGGAACAGGAGAAAAGGCUUUUUGCGCUGGUGGUGAUAUUCGAGCUAUUGCUUUAGCCACAAAGAGUGGUGACCCUUUAACUGAAGACUUUUUCAGAGAAGAAUAUCAGCUGAAUUUUUUAACUGGAACCAUCCAGCUUCCCUAUGUGGCUUUAAUAGAUGGGAUAACUAUGGGAGGUGGUGUGGGUUUGUCUGUGCAUGGGCAGUUUAGAGUGGCUACAGAAAAAACUGUUUUUGCCAUGCCCGAAACAGCGAUCGGAUUCUUUCCAGAUGUGGGUGGAAGUCACUUUCUUCCUCGUCUUCCUGGUAAACUUGGUCUUUAUCUAGCUUUGACAGGCUUCCGUCUCACUGGUCACGAUGUUGUUAAAGCUGGAAUAGCAACGCAUUUUGUGAAUAGUAACAGAAUCAAAGCUUUAGAAGAGGACCUCGUAAGGAUGGAUUCUCCAUCAAUCCAAGAGAUUGACAGGUUGUUAUGCAAGAACCAAGAACAGUCUGUAAUUGAAAAGAAGGAUUUUGUCCUUAAACAUACCCUGGGAAAAAUCAACACCUUGUUUGAAGGAGACAGUUUGAAAGUAGUCAUAGAAAACCUGACUAAAGACAAUUCAGAGUGGGCCAAGCAGCAACUACAAAUUUUGGCUAAAAUGUCACCAACAUCUCUGAAAGUCACCUUUCACCAGCUUGAGUUAGGAAAAAGUAUGACACUACAAGAGUGCUUGAAGAUGGAAUACAGAAUUUCUCAAAGAUUUAUGAAGGAUCAUGACUUCUAUGAAGGUGUUAGAUCAGUGUUGAUUGACAAAGACAACAAACCUGUCUGGAAACCAGCAACAGUUGAAGAAGUGAAUGAUGAUGUUAUAGAAGCAUAUUUUGCAGUUCUUCCUAAGGACAAGGAACUAGCUUUAUGAGUUCAACAGACAUGUUGUAGAUAGUGAGGACCAUAGUGAUUGCUCUAGAAUUGUGAUUACAGUGUGUUUAAAUACAGGGAAGAUGAUACUUCCUUAGUGCUGCUCGGAUUAUCAUCUGUAGUUGAUUUUAUUCUUUGGUACUUCUAACAUAUUCCAUUUGUUAUCUCAAAAAUUCAUACAGGAAACCUUUAUAUUGUUAUUAUUAAUAGUUUUUUUAAUUCUAUUUAUUUAAAGGAUGUCAUAAUAAAUUCUACAAAGUUCUGUCUUCGGUGGUGGUACAUUAUAUUUUCAAACCUGGAAGACUGAUUUAAUAUGAACAUUAAAAGGGCAAUUUAAUAUGUAUUUUUUAGUGUUUUUAGAUAGUUUUUCUCAUUCAAAAUUAAUGAUUUUGAGAUAAAUUAUAUGUUUUUGUUACUAAUAGGUUCCUACUAACCAAAUAAUUUUGGGCCUGGUAUAGCCUGGUGGUUAGUGAGCUCAACUUGCAAUCUGAUACUCACACAAUUGAAACCUUUCAAAGAAAAUGCUCACCUUUUCAGCUGUGAGGUGUUGUGAUAUGACAGUCAAUUCUACUAUUCAUUGGUGAAAUAGUACCCCAAGACUUGGUGAUGUUGACUAGCUGCCCUUCCUCUAGUCUAUCACUUCCAAAUUAAGAUGGUUAGCCCAGAUAACCCUUGAACAGCUUUGCACAAAAUUCAGCAAACAACAAAGUAAUUUUGGUUUAAUAUCGAAAGUGUAUCUUGUGCCCUUUGAUACAAGCUCACUAAAAACCUGAAAACUUGGUUGUAUAAAUGUUUUUUGAGUACUAAAUGUAACUGCAGCAAACUAUGACGAUUGUGAUGUCAUUCUGUCUUUAUAUCUGUCAAAUGUUAUAACUAACUAUUCAAGUAAAUUUAACAUUAAACCUAUAUAUCAUUAAUUUAAAAAUUUAAAAAUGAAGUUCACAUAAAUAAUACAUAGUUUUCAAUGUACUUAUAUAUUCAGACAGCAGACCUAAUUUUAACUUUCUUUUCAUGUUUUGGUUAGAAACUGUAAUUAUUACCUCUAUUUUCUCAAUGUUUUUUAUUAAAUAAUAUUGACUCAAGUACUUGCAUGUAACUACUCAGUUACGGUAUCUAAUUAGUGCUUGUUUUUUGUAUCUCAACCUUUGUCCAUAUACUUUUAAGUGGCCCGGCAUGGCCAGGUGGUUAGGGCACUCAACUCGCAAUCUGAGGGUUGCGGGUUCGAAUCCCCAUCCCACCAAAAACAUUCUCUACCUUUCAGCCUUGGAGGUGUUAUAAUGUGUUGGUCAUUCCCACUAUUCGUUGGUAAAAGAGUAGCCCAAGAGUUGGUGGUGAUAACUAGCUGCCUUCCUUCUAGUCUUACACUGCUAAAUUAGGGACGGCUAGCGCAGAUAGCCCUCGUGUAGCUUUGCGCGAAAUUCAAAAACAAACAAACACAUACUUUUAAGUACAUUAGGUACCUUGACAGACACUUCAGGGAUACUGUAACUACUGAAAUUAAAUAUCAUAGUAAGGAAAUGCAAGGGAUAAAUCAGUUGAAACUGAGUGGCCUGAUUAAUUGUCAUAAUCUAACAGGGCAGUUAGCUUAUUCAAUAUUUUUGUAAUUUGUCAGUUCAGUAGCUACAAGAAAAUAAAUUAAUGCACUAGAACUUGCUUACUCACUCUUCAUUUUCUUUUAAGCUCUAACUUUGUUCACUUUAAUUUUACACUAUGGAUGUUCCUACUAUCACAUUACAUCUUGAAGUUUUUAUUACAAUUACAUCAGAACUCAAUUUAUUCACUUUCAGCAGUACUAAUUUCAAAAUUGUCUGACUGGCAGUUACGUUUAGCAGAAAAGGUAUUGCCGUUAAACUAAAUUAUUACCUUUCACCUGGGGCUGUACUUGCUAAUUAUAUUAGUCUUGGUUAUUAAGUUGUUUUUUAAAUAGUUAAUUAUUAGUUUUACAGUAAGAAUAUUCUGGUAUUUAUUAGACUUCUAAUAUUAGUCUUGUCAUAUAUUAGUCUUGGUUAUUAAGUUGUUUUUUAAAUAGUUAAUUAUCCUGCUAUAAUUGUUUUUUUUCUUGUACUGUUCUCUCUAAUGUUAUUUCCUUUAUACUAAUUAGGACUUUUCUGGCCUUCACUUCUUCUGUUAUUUAUUUGUUCAUUUCAGUAGUAUUUAUUAUUUAUAUGUAGUUUGAACUUAGAGACAACAGCAGUUUUCUUGCAAACAAAAACACCAAAAUAGUUAUUUUAAAUACUAAUUUAAUUUAUAAUCUUACACUACAGUGAACUACUACACAUAUUAACUGGUUUCUUUUUUCUUUAGAUUUUUUAAAAAUUUAAAAUAAGUUUCAAACUGUCUAUGAAGUAUCUGAGGAGAAUUGAAAUAUUUUUGGAAGAACAUUAAUGGAUUAGGUGUCUUUAAAGCAUCUAAAUAUGCUCUGCUUGCCAAGCAACAUUGGUAUUUGAGAGUUUGUAUACUGGAAUAAGAGUAGCCGAGUAACUUGACAAACGCUAAAAGUAACAACAAUACAAUGUGUAAAAUCUAAUGUCCAAAUUCAAUGUGUAAAAUAAUUGUGAUAAACUGAGAUGUUAUUAUAUUAAUUUUCCUAUGUUUAAAUUGGCAACUUGAGUAACUAGUGCAUUGGGUUAACACACUAUGUAAUGAAUCAGAAAAGCAAGCAUGUAAGCCUUUUAUAUUAGUAGACAUUUUCUGGUAUUUUUAUAAUAUUCUUCAACCAUGCCUAUGUGUGUGUUUUAUUAUUUUGAAUUAAUUUUCAUUUGGCUGUGUGAAUUGUAAUUCCUAAAGAUGACAUAAAAAAAGUAUGGCUGUCUGCAAGCAUGUAAAAUUAUGAAGUGCGCAGUUUGGUGAAAGGAUUAAUUAAUAGAAGUUUCUGUUUUCUGAUUUGAAACUUGAGCUAAAUCAAGUUUUUGUAUAUUAGUUAGGAAAAAUAUCAAUCACCUUUUUCUUAGGGUGAAAGGAUUAGAGAAAGAAGUAAUUGGAAUAUAUAUUAAUAUUAUAAAUUUAAACACUAUCUAAAUAGUUAAGUUAAUAUUUACAUCAAAAAGAAGGAUUACAUUACAAACAGCAAGACCAAACCUAUGAUGAAAUAGAAUCUAUUUAUAAUACACAACAAGCCUUAACUAAAACAGUUAUCAGGGCAAAGCCUCACACGAAAAGAAAAGAAUAAUGAAAAAGAUAGCAAGAAGUGGGUGCUCAAGCACACAAUUACAUCGCUCUUCACUUCCCAUAGACAGUUUUUGGAAAAAUAUUUCUCUCAGAAGAAAAGGUUCUACCAUUGGGGUAAUAAGUAAGAAAAUAUUACUUCCUGAAGUUGACAUUCCAGCCCCCAUUAUGAUAAUUAAAGCUAGCUUUUGUGUUAUAUUAGUUCAGAUAACUCGGUUGGGAUUUUAUUCUAGUAUAAUUGUCUGUUGUACUACUAAUAUCACUUUAUUGAUUUGAGUUUUUACUACCCUAAUGUGAGCUGAAAUGCCAACUUACGGAUGUAAGGUUUUUUACCACCCAAAUGGUAGAACCUUAUAUAUAUAUAUACACGCACACACAGAGAUCUUAUAGAAAAGCAGUUGAAAUAACAAUUUCAUACGUCCAAGUUUUUUUUACAGUUGGUGUUCCUAUAGCUAACAAUCUUAUUUUUUCUGUGUUUAUAAAGUUAAAAACAUGUAUCAAUGUAUCACUUUGUGAUAUAGGCGGUAUGUAUAUGUGUGUGUAUAUUUACAUACAUAUACCCCCUGUAACUUGCUCUAGUAGUAGUGCUUAUAAUGAGUUGUCAAGAAAAUGUUGAAUAAACGUAAUAAAAAUAAUGCAAUUUUA